CAAUUCAUUUGCAAAUGUUAUAAAUCGGGUUAAACUGUGUCGUUUUGACAGAUAAAACAAGAUGGCAAACCUAUAUAUACCAAUGAUGAGGAAACAAAAUGGCCCCGUACAAAAGUCAAGGAGUGAAGGAGAAGAAAAGAAAAAAUAUAGGCAAAUACACAGUAUUUAUGAUUGGUAUCAUCCCGAUCAAACGGAAACGUCUGCAAAGGACUUUCUGGAAAAAUAUCCUUAUGAUCCAAUGGACGCAGAAGCUCUGUUCUUGGUACACCCGUACGGGAAAGAAAGAGAGGACAUCAAAUACGUCAUUUCCUGCAAAUGGAAGUUGGAAAUAUACCAGUACCGUGUUCGCUAUAAAGAGGAUGAAGAUGUGUAUUCUGUCCGAAGUGCCAAAGCUAACAGUCUUCUGGACCUCGUAGAACAAUAUCGACUAGCAGCAGUGGGGCAAGAUGGCCUCUUGUCCUUUUAUACUAAAGACAGUGCGCUCAACCAUCUUAUGUACCCUAUACCAUGGCCCCACAAGUAUAAGGAUCGGUGCUACCAUGGAUUGUUGGGUCGCGAGGAGUCGGAGAAAGUUCUACUGAGUGGGUUUGAAUCUAGGGACAUCAACAGUCCCUUCCUGAUCAGAGACAGUAACUCGGAACCAGGGGUUCUGAUACUAUCGAGCAUGUUUGUGAAAAAAUCGGACAAAUCUCAUACCUUCGACCAUAGGCGUAUCGACUUUAAGGACAACAAGUUUGGGUCUCUGGAUUGCAUGGAAGACAGUCUUCUAGCUCUGGCUAAAAGCAUUGAAGAAAAGUACAAAAAUCGCGGCGAGCUAAUGGACUUAAAGGCGCUUAACAGAGAAGGAUUCCAUGGCGUUGACACAGAUGUUCUAGAACACCAUCUUCCACCAAGCAUAAAGAAGAUGGAUGCGUCAGCCAUAAAAAUAUUUCGUGAGGCUCUAGAGGAGGGGCACGAAAAGUAUCAUCACGUCCGUGUAAUGGUUGUUGGCCAUCAUGGCGCGGGAAAAUCAAGCCUCACUAAACGUCUGCUUAGGGAAAACAUGGAAGAGGUCCAAAGCACGGAGGGAGUGGAGAUUUACAAUAAAAGAGGGCGCUUUCAGCUCAGUGACCACAAGUGGAUCAAGUAUGACGGCAUAAAAGAGAAUGAGAACGAAAAACUUGAAAGGAUCGCUAGGUAUUUAACACAGCGAUUUCCAGAGGGUGUUCCAACAUACUUGUCAAUAAGAGAAAUUACGGAGAAAAAUGCUGGGGAAGAGAAGACAAGUCAUUAUACAUAUGAUUCAAAUGUAGCAAACCUGCAAACUAAAUUUCCCACGACUUUUCCAAAGCAGAAUGAAGUAAAACAUGAAAACACACAGAGAUAUUCUAGAAAAACUGAUUUUUUACGCAAUCAUCCUCCACCAUUUAAGCUAAAAUCAGAGCUUUACCGAGAAUCACAAAAUGAUCAUUAUACAUGUGUGAACAGAGUCCCCUACAGAAAUUCCUCCCCAGCUUCGAGAAUAUCCGGAAUGAAGCCAAAUACAUCUCUUCUAUCUCCCGAAUUACAACCGAGAAUAAGCAAGACAUCACCGAAAACGUUCCCUGAUCCUCGUGUGAGUACCUCUAAGAGUUUAUCCUCUGAUGAUAGCGAAGAUGAAUACGACGAUUUUGAAAUUCACAACACCCACUUGACCAGAGUUCUCCAAGACCUGAAAAUUCAAUUCGCUACCUCAAAUGAAUCGCAAACUCCUCCAACCCCAGAGGAUGAGGAAGUAAAGGGUAGCGAUUACGUUAGUGGUGAAAAAAGACAUAGUAUAAAAAGAGGAAGUUCUAUUGAAAAGGAACAACAGGCACUGAAAGAGGACCUAGAGGAGUUACUUCAAAUGUCCUCCAACUUUCUUCAAAACGAGACGGGAUCCAUCACAUUUUGGGACUUUGCUGGACCGACUGUUUUCCAAUCCACUCACCAGGCCUUUAUGUCCUCCAAAGCUGUUUACCUUCUGGUGACAGAUGUGUCUCUACAGAUGAAUGACCCCAUCAUGGACGAUGAUGACUGCCGCUGCAGCUCUAGGCAUAAGUCCGUGGAAGAUUUUCUAAAAUUUUGGUUGAAUACAAUUCAUACGUAUUCCUCUGAAUCCCAGCGAGGAUCCCCUAAGGUUCUUGUUGUGUCGACACACAAGGAUAAAUUGCAGAACGCCGAGACAGAGAUAGAAGAACACCACAGAAAUAUAAAAAGAGUGGUGAAAAAGAAAAUGCUUUCACCUCAUCUGGUUCCUGAAAUGUUUUGCGUGGACUGCAAUGAUCCUGAUGAGGAGAAUUUGGACAAAAUACGAUCUAAAAUUCUAGAAAUUGCAGAAAACGAAGAAAUCCUCUCACAGCAAAUUCCCACCAGCUGGAUCUAUCUGGAGCGAAAAAUCAUGGAUCUUCGUAAAGAGGGGAAAAAGGUGCUGAACUUUUCGGAAGUAAAACAGUUGAACAGAUUUUGUGCUUUACAUUUGAAAGAUGAAAUGGAAAUUAAAGUUUUUCUGCAGUUUCAUCAUGCAAUCGGCAACGUGUUGUACUACGAUGAAAAGGGUCUAGAUGAUAUCAUUAUUUUAAAUCCUCAGUGGCUAGUGGAUGCAUUCAAAUGUUUAAUUACCUCCGACAAGUUUCUUGGAUUAUCCCCCUCACAAUCCCUUCUUGAAGAUAUGAAGAAAACCGGACAUUUGAGUAUGGAAAACAUCGAAACAUUAUGGAGCGAAAGAGAAGACAAAUCUUUUUUGGAAAAUAAAGAACAUAUCAUCAAGAUUCUGGAAAGGAUGGACAUAAUCGCACGACCUAAACGUUAUAUGAAAGACGGAGAGGCAGUUCAAGAAAUGACUACUUUUCUUGUUCCUUGUAUGAUGGGUUUAGAUUCACCCACGGUUAGAGCUAAGUGGUUGAAGUCUGCAAACAAUAUACCAGCUCUGGGAUUUUACUUCAAGGAUGAGUUCAUGCCACCGGCUGUGUUUUAUCGCUUGUUGGCAGCGUGUAUGGCUAAGUUCCCAGUAGUAGAGCAGAAUGAUGUCCCUCUCGUAUUUGCUAACACUGCAGUCUUCCGACUGGAUAAAUUCAACUUUCUCCUACUUGGUCAUGAUGACUUUCUCAUUCGAGCUUGGGUGUUGAGAAUUCCCAACACCACAUACCAAAAGUCUUCCAUCCACUUCACUAUCAAAAAGUUUUUGGAGGAGAGUCUUACCGUUAUUUUGGAGAUAUAUGCUAGCUGUAGUGCUUGCCCGGACCAUAAACUCACCAAAAAGUGUGCAAACUGUAGAAAAUGCAAUGCAAAUUUUCCAUUUAGAGUUGUUCUUCAGUGUAACCAUUGCAUAUCUCCUGACACAACAUUCAAAGGGCUCCAUCUAUGGGGAGACUUGAAAUCAAACGAAAGUGUAGUUUGUUCUGACCAUGACGAGGUUCAUGUUAUUGAGUCCUCCGAUAUUCUUGCCUUCUGGGAAUGCCCAAAAGUAUGUCUGAGAUAUUGCAAAAAUUAUUUAAUGAUGAGAGUGUAUUUGACAAUGUCAGACCCGGAGAAGCCAGUGAAGAUGUCAUAUAAAAUCCUAGGUCGUCUUGCUAGAAGGGUUUCUAACUACUGGGAGAAAAUAGCACAUAGUAUUGACUUUGAUGAUAGCUUUGUGGAAACCACUAAGAGGGAAUUCUGUCAUCUGGAAUGGGAUUGCUGCUUUCACGUGUUAAGGACGUGGUAUGACAAAUCGCCGAAGGGACGAGGAAUGCUCAAAACAUUGGAGGAUGUGUUCACAAAGAUUGACAUUGAUAGAGACAUUUUGAAGACGUUGAACACAAUGGAAAUUGAGUGUGGAGAUAAUAAGUAUCUUGACAAAAAAGUGUCAAAUCGAGGAAUCGAUGUCAUCUGCAACAGACUAGGUAAAAAGAGUGACCAGCUCGCCAUUGAGUUAGAAUUGACUCCCGAGAACAUGGAAAAGAUACAGAAGAAUUUCCGAACAUCCAUCGCUCGAAGUAGAGAGUAUAUAAACCAAUGGCGCCGAAAAGAAAACCCAACAUAUAAAGAUUUGCUUCAGGCUUUAGCCGAAAUAGAAGUUGACAAUUAUAGAGAAAUUCUGACAUUUAUUUAUUGAAUUUGUAGCUCAUAUUUUUUCUCACAGAUCCAGUUAGUUGCUCUCUCUCUCUCUCUCUCUAUAUAUAUAUAUAUAUAUAACGGCAAAAAUAUAACAAUGGAACAAGACUAUUUUGAAAACUUGAUAAAGGUGUAAAAUGAUUAUAUACAUUUAUCCUGAAAAAUUUGUACACGAUACUUUUAAAAUUCUCUGACUCUUUGAUCACUUGAUUAAAAUACUUGUUCAUAUAUGCAAACAACAGUGUACUUAUUUUCUUUUUAUGCCCCCGUAUCGAAGAUUCGGGGGUAUACAGUUUUUGCCCUGUCCAUCCAUCUGUCUGUCCGUCUGUCUGUUUGUCCGCAAAAACUUUAACAUUGCCCAUAACUUUUGAUUGGUUGGAGCUAUGGCUUUUGUAAUUCACAUGUGUAUUCCUUGUGACAAGACCUUUCUUUGGGUACCACCAUAUUUGACCUUUUUACCUUGGAGUUUGACCCAGUUUUGAAAAAAAAAUUCCCAACUUUAACCUUGGCCAUAACUUCUGAACGAUUGGUGCUAGGGCUUUCAUACUUCACAUGUGUAUUCCUUGUAACAAGACCUUUCUUUGGGUACCACCAUGUUUGACCUUUUGACUUUGACCUUGGGGUUUGACCUACUUUUGAAAAACUUUAACAUUGGCCAUAACUUUUGAACGCUUAGUGCUAAGGCUUUUAUACUUAGCAUAUGUAAUUCUUGUGACAAGACCUUCCUUCGGAUACCAACAACUUUGCCCCUUUGACCUUGACCUUGGAGUUUGACUUACUUUUGUAAAACGUUAACAUUGGCCAUAACUUUUGAACGGCUGGUGCUAGGGCUUUCAUACUUCACAUAUGUAAUCCUUGUGAAACGACCAUCCUUUGGAUUCCAACAACUUGGAUCCUUUGACCUUGACCUUUGAGUUUGACCUACUUUUGAAAAACUUUAACGUUGGCCAUAACUUUUGAAUCGCUUAUGCUAGGGCUUUCAUACUUCACAUAUGUAAUCUUUGUGACAAGACCUUUCUUUGGAUACCAACAACUUUGACCUUGGAGUUUGACUUACUUUUGGAAAACUUUAACCUUGGCCAUAACUUUUGAACCGUUGGUGCUAGGACUUUCAUACUUCACAUAUAUAAUCCUUGUGACAAGACCUUCCUUUGGAUACCAACAACUUUGACCCUUUGUCCUUGAACUUUGACCUACUUUUAGAAAACUUUAACCUUGGACACAACUUUUGAAAAGUUGUUGCUAGGGCUUUCAUAUUUAAGAUGUUUUUCCUUGUGACAAGACCUUCCUUUGGAUACCAACAAUUGUAAUCCAUUGACCUUGACCUUGGAGUUUGACCUACUUUUGAAACACUUUAACCUUGGUCAUAACUAUUGAACGAUUGGUGCUUCAGCUUUCAUAUUUCACCUGUAUAUUUCUUGUGAAAAGGCCUUUUCUUACGCACUAUUAAUUUUGACCAUUUGACCUUGAUGUUUGAAUUACUUUUGAAAAACUUUAACCUUUUCCAUAUCUAUUCAAUGGUUGCUUCUAGGGCUUUCAUAUUUCUCAGGUAUAUUCCUCGAGACAAGACCUUACUUUGGGUACCAACAUAUUUGAUUUGUAUUUGAGAAAGUUUAAAGUUUGCUAUAAGUUGCCAUACGGGGGCAUCAGUGUUUCACAAACACGUCUUGUUAAAACAAAUAUUGUAUUUUAAUGAUAAAUUUUCAUGUUAGAAAUGAAAAAUCUGUUUUGUUAUCACUAUAUUAAAGAAACAUUAUAAAC